AUGUCAGACAACGAAGACGUGCGUGCUGUCGAGCCCGUGGAGGCCGGCAAGACCGAGGCAGAGGCCAUGGCCCAGGACGCCGCUCCGGCUACUGACGUCGCCGAUGGCAAGGCCGAGGAGGCCGAGAGCACAGAGGUCAAGGCGCCGCGGCCAAAGCCGGCAGCGGUGCGCAAGCCGGACUUUGACAAGCUGAAGGAGGAAGAGGCGGUGAUCCAGGUCGACAUCGACGCGGCGCACGAGGAGCUGCGGCGAAUCAAGGCCGAGCUGGACUCGAAGGACUCGUCGUCCAAGGAAAUCAUGGCGACGCGCGACAAGGAGCAGCAGGUGCUCAAGGACAUCCACAAGCAACAGAAGAAGCUGCAGGGCGCGCGGCGCGAGAUUGUGGGCCGCAUCGAGGAGCAGCGGGCGCGCAACAAGAAAGUCGAGGCCAGCCAGGAGGCGCUGCGGCGGCACCUGGGCAAGUACAACACGGUGGAGAAGAUCGAGUCGCGUAUUGCUGCCCUCGAGUCGGCGAUCGAGACCACGGCGUCGUCGCUGCGCGACGAGCGCGAGCUCCUUGCGCAGAUCACGGCGCUCAAGCGCGAUCGGACUGCGGUGGUCGAGUACGAGGCGCUGACGGCGGCGGUGGCGGCCAACAAGGCCGCGCUCGACCCGCUGUACGAGGAGCUGCGGGCAAAGGAGGCUGAGAUCAAGGAGCUCAAGGCUGUCGAGUCUGAGCAGCACUCGACUGUUGUCUCUCUCCGCAACCGGAUUAAGGACGCCCGCGGCAACUCGCCGUCGCUGUGGAAGCAGCGCAAGGAGGUCAAGUCCAAGCUCGACGCGCUCUACGAUGCGCGCCGCAAGCUGCGCAACGAUUUCCGCGCAUCGAAGAAGGCAUACUCCAAGUACUGGAACGAGCUCAAGAAGUGGAAGGACGAGAUGUUUGCCGCGCGGCGUGCCGAGCGCGAGGCCGAGCGCAAGGCUGAGGCUGCCGCCGAGGCCGCCGCCCGCGCCGAGGACGAGCGUGAGCUCAUCCCGCACAUUGCCGAGAUGAAGAUCUGCUCCGCGCUCAUCGGCUACCUGCAGGACGCGCUGACCAAGGCAUCGGUCCCGUUCACCGCAGUCGACACCCAGGUCCUCAUCUACGGCGAGGGCAUUUCGGUCCCGGGCCUCGACGACGCUACCGAUGCUGCCAAGCCUGCCGGCCUGCCGUCGCUGCCCAAGCCGCGGCGGGUGGCCCGCGACAACGCGCCGACCGGCCGCCGCAUUGGCAAGAACGCCGAAGACGACGACGACUCGAUCGGCCGCCACGGCCGUAUCCGCAAGAAGGGCGGCAAGAAGCGCGGAGGCAAGAAGAAGAAAAAGGCCAUCCUCUCCAUGGCCCCGCAGGUCAUGGCUGACUUUGCCAAGGUUGGCCUCGAGGCUCCGCUCGAGCUCGACGCCGUCCCGGCCGCCAUCGACGCCCUCGUUGCCCGUAUUGGCGACUACAAGGACGGCAAGCCGCCCAAGAUCGCCAAGGCUGCUGGCGCCAAGGCCAAGGCCGGCACGGCCAAGGCUGAGCAGACGCCGCCCGAGUCGUCGGCGCCGCCGGCAUCCUCCGCCGCGCCUCUCUCCAACGGCCCGCCCGGCUUUGGCGCCAUCGGCGACGGCUCGCGGGUCCCUGCGCCUGUCAGCCCCGCACCGGUCCCGACCGCCACCGGUGGUGUGUCGUAUGCUGCGCUCGCGGCCGCAUCUGUGACCGAAUGA